UUAUAAUGGGACUGCGGCAGGCAUUCUGACACUGGGGGGGAACUGACUUGGUGUCACUGACAUCCAAUACAGUGAUCAGUGCUAAUAAAAAGCACUGAUACUGUACUAAUGACACUAGGCAGGAAGGAGUUAACAUCUGGGGUGAUCAAAGGGUUAACUGUGUGCUGCGUAGGGUUAACUGUGUGCUGUAUGCUGUUUCACUGUGUGCUGUGUGUGUGCUUUACACUGUAAGCACACUGCAUGAAAAGCAAUGUGCAGGAGCUGACAGAGGAGAGAUCUGUAUUGUUUACAUACAGG